AUUCAAAUAUAAGAAAAAAGCCAAAUUUUCUAGCAAAAAAACAUUUUAUUAAAAAAUUAAAUUUUUACGAAAUUAAGUAAGUGGAUCUGUACGAUGGAAGUUUAUGAUCCUGCAAACGGCAUGAUGGAAGGAGGUGAGAAUCUGACUAUUGCAAAUAACCAAAAAAAUCAACCAGAUCUUCAAUUGCUUAAGAGAAAAAAAAUUGAAGAAGAAGAGGCCAUUGCAUGGCAUGAGUUUAGACUCUCAAGAAAGCUGUACGUUGAACAUAAAAUCGACGAAUAUGUUAAUUCUUUCACAGUCCAUGGAUUAAAAAAGAUAUUCACUGGUACAAAGAUAGAGAAAAUGUUCUGGCUCUCAAUGCUGACUGGUGGGCUGUUUCUCUCCAUCUUCAUAGUAUACGGAUUAAUCAUCAAAUUUUUAAAAUAUGACGUAUACACUGAAAUUCGUGCGCAGGUUACCGAUCAGAACUUUUUCCCUAGCUUCACCAUAUGCGAGGACAGACUGCUAAAGAAUUCUUAUUUUUCUUACUGCGGAGUAGCUCAAAGGUUUAGUCACAAAAAUUACAGUAAAAUAUGCCAGCACAAGAAAGUUAAGCACCCUGAUCAAAUUUCGAUGAAAGAACACAAAUACUGGAACAAUGGUUUGUUUAACGUCACAAAAUGCCUAACAUGGGGUGGUAAAGGGUGUAUUACCAGUAAAUAUUUAAAAUCAUUGACACACUUCAAUCAUUCGUGUUUUACCUGGAAUUAUAUGGGGAAUAUGUACGACAUUUACAGCCAUGUCGAUAUCGAGUUUAAUUUUGUUGGUCCUUCGUACAUUUCGAAUGUACCAAUAAUUAUAGCUCUCCCCCAUGAUCAUGAAAUUCAUGAGAUUGAUGCUACAAAAAAAAUUGACCUAGAACCGGAAAAACAUUACGAAAUCAAACUGGAUAAAACCAUAAUUAAACCAUAAUUGCCUUUCUGAGUUUGGAAAUAGCGAGGUAAUGAAAGCAGCUGAUUGUGCCUUUCCUUGCGAAGAAUUAGAUUUAGAUAGCAUAUCCACGUUUCAUGAAAGAUACCCUGCGUUAUCAGAAACUGUUGAAACUUACCACGUAAGCAUACAAUAUCAGCGCGUGGACACGUAUAAAAUCAUGGAAGAGAAGAAAAUAUAUUCGUGGGAUCAAAUGGCAUGUGAAAUUGGAGGACUAAUAGGCCUUGUUAUAGGCGCAUCCGUGAUAUCGUUCGUUGAAAUUAUGGCUUAUUGCCUUCUCGUUUUGUAUAACAAAUUUAUUUGACUGAAGUCAACAGAGAUAACACUGGCACAGCAGACUUUACAAAUUUGUUUAUCAAGUGGUUGAACCUUUUCUGGGUUGAUCAUUUUAAUGAUAUCCCAGCUAUGAACUUUUCGCAACUCUCCUUGAAAGCUUUCGAGUGUUGCAAAUCCAUACGAAAGAGAAAAUUUGAAAAUGAUUAUAUUGUAAAACGAGGGUGUCAAAUGAAUAUGUUGUUGUUGAUUUUGUUGUUGUUUCUUGAGUUUAGUUUUUCAGACUUCCUGCUUUACCAAUGAACUGAAUUUGAAUUCGUUGUGACCUUUGAUCAAAUAAUAAAAAUAUUGAAACACAUGACUCAUAUAUUAAAACAUAUGUUAAAGAAUUAAUUUAAUAAUUUAAUUAUUGGAGUAUAUUAUGUAUAUUUUAUGUAAAAAUAAGUUAACUACUGUUUCCCCUUUUCUUCCAUGUUGUGCCUUUAGAAAGCGCAACCUUUUUUUGUUUAUAAAGCUUUGGCAAAUUAAAACUCAAUACUUUAAAAAUUUUAAUCAUGGGAUGGGCUUGUAAUAAAGAAAAUAUGAUUGUAUUUCUUCUUAGAUGCAAAAAGUAUGUGAAAGAUUUGGCGGGAUUGAUUUAAGCGUGACUUAAAAUAACGACAAUUUGAGACCAUGAAAAAUAGUGAGCCAGGAAUUGGUGGGGCAUCAACUGCAAAUUUAGUAUACAGUUCAGAGGACGACGAAGAAGAAAUUAAUUUAUGGCACGAACACCAAUUGGAAAGGAAAGAAUAUGUUACACAAAAAAUAAACGAAUACAUAGAUACUUUCACAGUUCAUGGUUUAACAAAAAUGUUCACAGGAUCAAAAAUUGAAAAGGUCUUUUGGUGUAUAAUGUUAUCAUUUGGCAUUGGUGCAUCUGCGCAUAUUAUUUACGGCUUGGUUGUCAAAUAUUUAAAACAUGACGUUUACACAGAUAUUAGAGAAGUAAUCACCUACAAAAAUGUCUUUCCAAGCUUAACCUUCUGUGAGAAUACGCUCAUAAUGCAGGCGUAUUUUUCUUACUGCGGUGUACCACAAGGGGUUCCACGGAAUGAUUUAAACGCAGUGUGCAGACGGAAUUUCCGUGUUCCUCGUCGCAAACCUAAGUUAGAAACAAAUAAAUUAUGGAGUAAUCAGCUAUUCUCGGUGUCACAAUGCAAAACAUGGGAAGGCAAAUCAUGUCUAAACAACAACCACCUAAAAUCUCUAACUCAUUUUAGGGACGCUUGUUUUGUUUGGAACUAUAAAGGCCAGCUUUAUGAUCAAUACAGUCAUGUGGAUUUGGAAUUUCAAUUUUUUAAACCGAAACAUUUGAAAGCAAUUCCUAUUAUCAUUGCUUUGCCGCACCAUCAUGAUUUCCAUGAAAUUGACAUCACCAAUAAAAUCGAUCUCGUGCCAAAAAAGUUCUACCAAAUAAGGCUUGAGAAAACAAUAGUGAAACGACUACCAUCUCCUUUUCCAUCAAACUGCACCAAUGAAAAAACGGGAGAUAUAUUUCCCGGCAUAUAUAAUCGACGGUCAUGCAUUGAAUCACAAAAUUUUAUCGAAAUGUUCAAAAAAUGUGGCGAUAUUUUUGAUUAUAUCAGGAAUUUUAUCCCGAACGACGUUAUAGUGAAGUAUGGAAGGAACCAACCUAUUCGUGAAGUUUUAAAAUGUUUGACAGGCUAUGGUCUUAGUGAAGCAAAGAAAUCACUUAAAUGCACUUUCCCAUGCUACGAGUUGAGUCUAAAAACGUAUUCAUCGUAUCGUGAGAAAUACAACCAUCGAGAUGUUAACGAUACCUUUCAUGUUAAUAUUGUGCAUGAGAAAGUAGAUUCUUACAAAAUAAUGGAAGAAAAAGAAUUGUAUCCGUGGGAUCAGAUGGCAGCUGGAAUGGGUGGACUGGUCAGCCUCAUCAUUGGCACAUCUGUGAUGUCAAUUGUGGAGAUUUUGGCCUACAUUGCACUCUCAGUAUACAAGUGGACAAUAUAAAGAAUCCAUUAAAUGCCGGAAAAUGGACAAGAAUGGAAAUUUACAUUUUAGCCUUUCAGUUAACGAAAUAAAUCCAAAUUAUUAGAA